UAUAUCCCUCUCCAAAAUGCCUUCUCUUAUGAAAUUCUCGCAGGUUUUGUUAGUUGCAGCUUCUGUUGUAAAUGCAAAUCCUCUUUCGUCUCUUUUCAGAAGAGGAACUGUUUCAAAUGAUCAGAUCGUUGGACUGCCGGAAAGUGUCCCUUCUGGAACCCUUGGACAGGUUUAUGAAGCAUAUCAGCCUUUUCUAGACGUCAUUAACGGCUGUGUGCCUUUUCCAGCUGUCGAUGCUAGUGGAAACACAAAGUAUGAGAAGUCUUUGGGGUCUCUAGAACGCACUUACUAACCUUUAUAGCGCCGGGCUCGGUCUGUCAGGAGGAGACGAUGAGGGUUGCUCUAGCAGCACUGGUCAAAUAUACGCGAGAGCUACAGCAUACAACAACAUGUACGCCAUAAUGUACUCUGUAAGUGAACUCAUCCCCUAAACGCCGGAAAUCCAAUCUUCCGAACUGACAUUAUAUCCACAGUGGUACAUGCCAAAGGAUUCCCCGUCCCGAGGCCUAGGACACCAACAUGACUGGGAAGGCGUGGUAGUCUGGCUUUCAAGCGGUACCUCUACAGACGCAAGCAAUAUUCUCGCCGUCUGUCCUUCAGCUCACGGUGACUGGAACUGCAGCAGAGAUUUCCGCCUCAGUGGUACAGGUCCAUUGAUCUCUUACUUCAGUAUCUGGCCCGUCAAUCACCAAAUGGGGAUGGCUAUUGAUGUGGGAGGUCAACAGCCACUUGUUGCUUGGGAGAGUUUGUCUUCCGCUGAGCAAAGCGCUUUGCAGAAUACAGAUUUUGGAUCUGCGACUGUGCCGUUUAGGGAUGCGAAUUUCAUGCAGAAUCUGGCAGCUGCUACUUUUUAGGCAGGUUUUCCUUUGUAGCAAUUUUAGGCUGGAACCAGUAAUGAAACUCAUGGGAUAUGAUGAAUGGCUGUAUAAUCCGAAAGUCUGAG